AACGUUAACAAAAUGAAGCAAGAGACAAGAAGGAUAUCCAUGUCAGAAAAUUACACCCUUGAAAAUAUGUGUAAAAAUUUAUUAUUUUUCUUUAAUUCAUGAAAAUUUAUAGGAUCAUAUUUACAACAUACUCCUGUUUUAAAAUACGCACUAUCAGGAUUGAGCUUCUAUUUUGUGUAUGCAAAGAAAAAAAAUAGAAUGGAGGGAAUUUACGAACAUGUCAGUGACAUUUGAAGUACAUGCAAAAAAAAAUAAUAAAACGGGAUUUAAUUGUUAAGAAAUACUCAUUCGUGUUUAGAUUUUAUCUCUAAAAUUAAGUAUUAAACCGUAAACUAAAGCGUCAAUAAAGAAGAUAUAUAAGGGCAUUGUGGAAGUGCAUACUAUGAAGGAGAUGCAGAGUGGUAAAAGUAUAACAGAACUGUCCACCCCUAAAAGAAUUCAAACACAUGUUGGAGACCAACAGGCUCAUCUUGAAUAUGGCCCAGAGCAUGAUGCUCUUGUCUCCCUUGCAAAUGAAACAUUUGGGCUUUAUGGAUGGAGUCACUCUGUGACUCAUCAGAAUAUUGACUACAUUGAUUGUAACAGCAGCAAAUACUCGGUUGGAGUUGCGGCUUUCGUGAAAGUUGAACUUAAGAAUGGGAUACAGCAUCAGGAUGUAGGUUAUGGGAUGUGUAAAGAUUCCUGCAGUAAGGGAUAUGCCAUUGCCCAUGCUCGAAAGGAAGCUACAACAAAUGGUUUGAGAGAAGCAUUGCGUAGUUUUGGUUGUCACUUUACAGGGAAGGUGAAUGAAUGUGCAGGUGUGCGAGUUGAAUCCAGUGUUCUUAAGACAUCUGUUCAAAUGGACAAGCACUGUUUGAUUCAUGCAGUUCCAGGUUCCAGCACACACACAACAGGUGCAUCACCAAGAGCUUGCAUGCAGUCAGCUGAUGAUAUCACAUUAGAGAGGAAAAGAAGACAGCGGAUGAAGCGAGACGAGUUUCUUCAGCAACUGAAGGAGAAACAAUUGUCGCAAUCAAAAGAUCUUCAGACAAAGUCAUUGGUGGAUAAAGACACAGGGAUCAGACACAAAGAAGAAAAAGAAAGUACUUUGAUGAAUGAUGAAACACUGAUAUCUACACAAGAACUUGAUCAUGCGGUACAGUCAGCAGAGAUACAGCUGGGCCGAACACCUCUCCUUUGCUCUCCACCCAUAGCUGCAGAGAUGACACCUCCAUGGCCAUCAGACAGAGGCAGCAGGCUUAUGGGAAACACAGUCAUCCCUAGGCAACUAGUGAUGCCCUCCAGAAGAACUCUGCCAUAGGGAACUGCACUGCUACAAGAAAAAGACACAGAACAAUUCCACUUAAGUCCACAAUCACCCCCCCACCCCACCCGCAAUCCCAAAUCAUAUGAGAGAAAAAGUCAAGGUACUGACUUCUUUCAAAUUUUAUGUUUUGCCAAGCAAAUAAAAUCAUUGAAUUUAGCAAGUGAAGCUGCUGACAAUAAUUGACUUUUAGCUUCUCUAGCUAAUGAUGUUUCCUGUUCCUCUGCUGACGAUUAGCACAGCAGAAUGUUGCAUACUGAAAGAAGGAAAGUGGGAGACUUCACCAGCAUUGCAGGCCACAAGAAAAGCAGUUGUUUUGUUAUGCCUACCGUUUGUGGAUAUUACUUGCGAUUUCUGUAUCUGACUAGAUUUAGCCUGCUUUGAACAAUAUUAUGGCACACUGUAUGUCGCCAAUUAAUGCACAGUGCCUUUCACUAAGGCGAUCCUUACAAGCAUUUCAAAGUAGUAAAUUUAUAAUAUGAUGCAUUUUAUGCAGUAUUUUUAUUGCAAGAACUUCUGGUAUAAGGCCUAAAACUUCAAGCUCACUAUCUCAUAAAAGCAUAAUCUUUAUAGUAUUCAAUAUACCCAUUUCUGUAAAUCCAGACCUUCAAAUAGACCUGUCCAAAAAUUAUGAUCCCAUCUUUCACUCUGUGCAAACAAUGUUUCAGAUAUCUGUAGACAAGUCAGGAAACAUAUUCACAACAUAAGCAAUCCUCAUGUUUUCUCGCAUUUGUUUGAAUGUCUCAAAAACCAUAAAGACUUGAGGGAAAAUUGUAUGCAGCAAGUUGCGCUUCAGACACAUAUAGAAUCACAUACGUCUUAAAAAGGUGCAUUGUUGUUGCUCAAUUUUAACCAAAAUUUGCCUGUGAAAUUUUAAUAAAGCCCCUAUCUGAUUACUGAAAAUCUGUUCACUGAUUGAGUUGUGACAUUUGGAGACAGGCAUGGCAAAUUCCACAGGCACAUUUUUGUAACUUCUCAUUGAAGAUGCACCAAAAAUAUCCUUACAAGAAGUGUGAUAUUCCUAAUGCUUUUACAAGUUGCCACUGCACAUUACAUUCUGUGUGGUCACUGAACAAUUGUGUAGAACUGUCUUAUAGCAAAUUGCACUUCAGGAUUGUAUGGGUAAAUCUUUAUCCUGUUUGUUAUACAGAAAGAUCUGUAUGAAUAUUCCAUGUAUCUGCAGUUCAUGAUAAAUGGUGUGAAUAAAACUUUCAGAUAAUUUCAA